AACGGUUUCGUAGAAGGAACUCGUUUCACCGGUAGCCGCGAAACAAAGACGCUACCUACCUACCUGGCGGGCAACAAACGUGUCCCGUUUAGGCAUGACCAGGCGUUUUAUCGAAGGAUCGUCCAUGUCAAGGAUGAUUAUUUAUAAAAAUGAGUUCGAAGAAAAACGAUGUCGUGGAAGUUUUUUUCUUUCAUGUCUAAGUGACAGUUGUCCGGCCUCGUGUUUCGCUUCGUUGUUCUGUUCGUCGCCGAGCUCUAGACUCUAACCUAAAAAUUGAAAUUGAAAGGAAUCCAGACAAACAUACGCUGAAUAAUAAUUAAUAACGUUCGAGAUAUUUAAAAGACAGUAGAGGGGAGAUGAUUAAUUAAAGCAAAGUCCAAUGAGUAAAAUUAAAACGUGACGAAAUCGAACGCGCGUCGAAAUGAAAACCGACCAGCCGGACGUUAAGGUCGAGGAUCGCGGCGAAGCUUCGAAACAAGCACCGAAACACGGUGAACAACAGGACUGUCCGAGUGAAAACGAGUUGUUGGAGUACGAGGAGGACGUUUAUUAUUCGCACGUGACCGCGACGCCAAGUUUCGACGACAUCGACGAGCUAAGCGACGACGCCGAGGAGAAGAUCGUCAUUCACUGUUGGCGGGACUCGAACGGCGACAUAGACGAGAUCGUGGUGGACGACGCGAAUCUGUCGGUGGAGACGCAGUUCCCGGAUGCCGAGGAGGGUGCCGCCGGCGGCUCGAUGAAGAAGAAAUCGGUUCGCGUGAUAUUCCACGACUUCUCGAAACCGUACCUGGCCAAGAUCAGCAGCAGCCAGAAUUACAAGAAGUUCCUCGAAUUGGUAAAAGGAGAAGACGCUUCUCUUCACUCGGCCGGUUACGUCUCGCCGACGUCGGAUAACGUGGUGAAUGAGUUGCAAGGACUUUCUUUGGAGGAGCAAGAUCGUCAGAAGGCAGAAUGGAGCGCGGAACUGGCCAAGGUGGAGGAAGAGAUUCAAACGCUGAGGCACGUGCUGGCGAACAAGAUCAGAGUGUCUCAAGAGCUGAAGAGGAAGCUGGGCAUCAGCGUUUGGAAGGAGAUCACCGACGACAUGAAUCAGGGCUUGAAAAACGUUAAGGAGAGCCAAGUUUAUCAGAACGUCAACGAGAAACUCGGUCAGUUCACCAAGACGAUCACCAAGAACACUCUAUUCCAGAAGACAGAGUCCGUGUUCAAGACCACGGCUGAGAAGACGACCAGCAUUCUCGGUGGCUUCGGCAGCGGACUGUCCAUGAAACUCGGCCAGAUGCGCAACUCCGAUAGCUUUCGUUCCUUGGAGGAACGUGUCGGAUCUGCCUACGAGAACAUGAAGACGAAAGUCGUGCCUUCGAGGUCCAGCUCGAUGCAGAGCUUCAACGAGAUGCUUCGAGAGACCGAGUCGUUACGCUCGGCGCCGACAGCCACCAGCCCGACCAUCCCCGAGGACAAGCUUCUGUCUUAGAGUUGGCCACCUCGUGUCGUCUACGUCGAUUUCUGCCUCUUCUCUGCGUAACAUGCUGACGCGCGUCGGUCAACACACGAUGGCCGGGUGUUGUUUCGCCCUAUGCUACUGUCACUAUCACACUUUCCACUGCGUACUGCUAAUUAAUCGGGGCUAAUGCGAUGUCUACGUAAUCGAACGUCUAUUUAAGAAAAGAAAGGGAAAAAAACAACACACACACACAAAAGAAAGCGAAAGAAACACUGUUGAAACUAAUCCUGAGAAUUUUACAUUCUCUAGAGAACGUACUCUUGAUAAUUUAUAUUAAUCUCGCCGAUGAAUCACUUUGCCACGCGCAUUCUGAAUUAUUUACAAUCGAUCGGUUACAUUGUAUCUGUGUACGUUUAAUUUUGCAAUUAUUAAUCAAGGCAGGAGACAAGUAUAUUUUCAACAGUUACAAAUUAUAUUCGCGAAGCGCGCUUAUCUGAAUAAUAAUAAUUCAACUCGUCUACUGUGUCGAUUCAAUUACGAUCUCCUGUUACAAUUUCGAUACGCACGUUCUCUGGGGAAGUGCGAGAUUCUCGAUGAAAGAGCAAAGAGAAGAGACGCUUCUUCGUGAAUGGCUUGAAUAAAUCGCACGACACGUCUGCCGAGAAAGAAGAAACUUCCCACGACUCUCUCCUUUAUUAAACGAUUCUCCUCGUUCACUUUUUUUCUGUUUUUUUUUAAUAAUCGAUUUUUUUACGUGCAACGUGAGAGGGAAGAAAAUCUUCAAAAAUAAAAACAAUAAAAAAAAAAUAAACUCUCUCGCGAAACUUACUUUGUAUCAGAGACAUGUUACUCAAGAAGAUGGCGAUUUGAUUUUUUUCAUACUUUGCCGAAAAAUUCGUUUGCACCCCCCGUAGCGAUUUUUAUAACGCAUAAUAAUAAUGAUAUAUGUAUAUAUCGUUGGACACGCACCUUAACGUUUUUAGAGCGUUUCAACCAUGUCUCUCUUUCUUUAUUUUUCCUUUUUUUUUUUUUUUUUGCGAAACGUAGGGCACAACACACGCUUUUCAAGUUAGGUGAUUUUUUUACUUACUCUGAUGGCGUUCCCGUCCUUGUCUAAGGAUGCCCGAUGACCUUGCGAGAAAACGAUACCUCGAUGUAUUCCUACGACGUACGAAUUUCUGACUAUCAAUGUUCUUCGAUAAGACUCGUGCUUCGACAAUACUAUCUAUUUUCGUGUGAUAUGAAAAGGAAAAGGAAAGAAAAUGAAUAAAAGGAUCGAUGUUUGUCGUGGAACCUCUCUCUCAGAAUAAAUCGAACAUUCGCGCGAUAAUGUAACACUCGUAAAGACGUCAGGAUCAAUUGACGCGGGGCACAGGUGAUCGCCAUUGUUAAUUAGUAAUUUAUUUGUCAAUUGAAUUAAUUGCGAGUCGAGAAAUUGAUUUGCCUCGUCUACGGAAUAUUACAGCGAGUGCUCUGCUUUUGAUUCUGUUGAUUUUUUUUUUUUAAAGUUUGAUCGCAUCUCUCAAGUAUUUCCGAGAAUUAUCCUUGUAGCUCGUUUAAGAAUUUUUAUACGUGAAAUUUGAAACGUUUUGAAAUUUUGUUAACGCUAUUAUUUCGAGACGAUUGAAAAUUUGAAACUAACCCGCGUCACGGAAACUUGUAAAGAGUACCACUUAAUAUUAAUUAUUAAGUGUCAUUAAUUGUAACAGAAUUGAAAAUUAUUUAUGUAUUUGUCCAAUUAUAUUUUAUACUCUUUCUCCAUCUAUAUAAUUACUUUAUAAUAUAAAAUGAUUUUUUUGUAGAAUAAUUAUUUUAUAAAAUGUACUUAAUAAAAGAUGUCCUAAACAUAUAUAAGCAAGUUCCGCGAAUAAAAUGAUUUAACCGCGAAUAAUUUUAUUGAACAAUUUUAAAUUUUCUUUCAAACUUUGUCCACGAGACGAUGAUAAUUAACUCUCGUCGCAAUGUCAAUGAAAUUUCGAAAAGUCUGUUCAACAUAUCACUGAAUGUCUUCACAAUGUUUUCAAACUCCGUUCAUCAUUUCCACCUUCGACGAACGAAAAUUGCUGGCGAUCACGAUGGCUUUAUUUCGAGAUGGAAAUCGCGACGCAGACUGUUACAUUACACAGCGUGAGUGUGAUUCUCUAUCGGUGUAAUACUUUGAAACAGUGCUAAGCCUGUGCUGUCUGUACGUUGAAAGAAGAGAUUGUUCUCGCCUUGAAGAGUUUAUGAGAAUUAGGAAAGUUCGAAAGCGUUCGAACUUCUGGUGAAGGAGAAUAUUUUUUUCACCGAGCUGCGGUGAACGAAAUUAUGCGUCGAUCGCUGCGCGCGUUCGAGAAAUCCGACACGUAACCGAAUAUCAGAAGCGCACGUGACGCGUUUAAGUGAGCUCUGUUUCCGUCACGGAAACUGGAAACUAAUUCCUUGCGAGCGAGUGCGUCGUGCACAUGUAUACGUCGUCGUCGUCAUCGACGAUUCUGCUAUUAUACCUGUUCGUGUCGGCGAAUAAAAUUAUUUUGACAAACCGCUACGCGUCGAACAGCGACUUUUUCACACGCUUGUUACUACAUUCAAAGAUCUAUAUAUAAUAUAUGUAUACGUGUGCUUCUUUUUAUUAUGUGAAACUUACUCGUACUUACGAUGGGAAUUUAAUUAUAUACAUAUAUAUUUUUUAUGAAAAUCUCAAUCACCGUUUCCCCCCCUUCUUCUACUAGUUUCCGGUAGGAUUUCACUUUCGAUUCCUAGUUGGUUGGACAAGAUUAUCGAUUUAGAUCAAGAUCCACCGAGUAUUUUUCCCUGUAUCUCAUAUAUAUAUAUAUAUAUAUAUAUAUAUAUAUAUAUAUAUUUGCAUUGUAUAUUUGAAGUGUACGUAAUUCUUUGCAUCAGUCGAUUUUUCUUUCUUCACAAAGUGUUUUUCAGGAUUUUUGUUUCUUCGUGUCAUUGGAAUAAUCUUGCAUAUCGUUUAAGUAUUGUCUGUAUAAUUCGUACGAUUAUCUUAAGAUUACCGUCCUAAUGAUAAGAAACAAUUUGUGGAAACUACUCUACCCUCGAGUGUUCCAGUUUCCUGCUUAUAAUAAAUGGACCACUUUAUAGACUGUCUUAA